GCGGCCCCGGCCCGGCCGCCGGGGGCAGCGCGAUCCCGCGGGGCCCUGUGAGCCCCCAGCGCCACGGCACCAUGUUGCUGGUUGAGAAGACAACAGACUCACCGGCGGCCGAGUUCUCGCUGGUGGAGGACGUGGCCCUGCACUUCGCCUGCUUGAUGGGCCGCCUGAACGAGCAGCGCCUCUUCCAGCCUGACCUCUGCGACGUGGACCUGGUGCUGGUGCCCCAGCGCAGCGUCUUCCCGGCACACAAGGGCGUGCUGGCCGCCUACAGCCAGUUCUUCCACUCGCUCUUCACGCAGAACAAGCAGCUGCAGCGCGUGGAGCUGUCCCUAGAGGCGCUGGCCCCCGGUGGCCUGCAGCAGAUCCUCAACUUCAUCUACACCUCCAAGCUGCUGGUCAACGCGGCCAACGUCCACGAGGUGCUCAGUGCCGCCUCGUUGCUGCAGAUGGCCGACAUCGCCGCGUCCUGCCAGGAGCUGCUGGACGCCCGCUCCCUAGGCCCCCCCGGCCCCAGCGCUGUGGCCCUGGCCCAGCCGGCCGCCGGCUGCACCCCGGCCGCACCACCCUACUACUGCGACAUCAAGCAGGAGGCGGACGCCCCGGGCCUGCCGAAGAUCUAUGCCCGCGAGGGCCCCGACCCCUACUCUGUGCGUGUCGAGGACGGGGCAGGGACCGCGGGGGGCACGGCACCUGCCGCCAUCGGGCCAGCUCAGCCCUUCUUCAAGGAGGAGAAGGAGGGUGGCGUGCAAGAGGCUGGCGGGCCCCCCGGCAGCCUCUGCAAGCUGGAGGGUGGGGAGGGGCUGGAGGAAGAGCUGGGGGGUUCUGGCACCUACAGCCGCCGGGAGCAGUCCCAGAUCAUCGUGGAGGUGAACCUCAACAACCAGACUCUGCACGUGUCCACGGGGCCCGAGGGCAAGCCGGGCACCACUACGGGCCCGGCCACCGUGGUGCUGGGCCGGGAGGACGGGCUGCAGAGACACUCGGAGGACGAGGACGAGGAAGAGGAGGAGGAGGAGGAAGAGGAGGAGGAGGAGGAAGAAGAGGGUGGUGGCAGCGGAGGGGAGGAGGAGGAGGAGGGUGGCAGUCAGGGAGAGGAGGAAGACGAGGAGGAGGAAGGGCACAGCGAGCAGGAGGAGGAAGAGGAGGAGGAAGAGGAAGGGCACAGUGAGCAGGAUCAAGAGAGCUCAGAGGAGGAGGAAGAGGAGGAAGAGGGAGGGGAGGCGGGGAGCCGGCAGGGGCCAGCGGGGCAGCGGGGCAGCAGGGCAGAGCCCCCUCCCCACAGUCGCAUGGCCACGCGGUCUCGAGAGAACGCCCGACGCCGAGGCCCCCCUGAGCCCGAGGAGGCCAGGCCGCGGGGCGGGAAGAGGCCCAAGCCCGCUCCGGGGGGAGCCUCUGCAGCAGCCCGAGGGCCACAGGCCACUGACGGGCUGGGGGCCAAGGUGAAGCUGGAAGAGAAGCAGCACCACCCGUGCCAGAAGUGCCCUCGCGUCUUCAACAACCGCUGGUACCUGGAGAAGCACAUGAACGUGACCCACAGCCGCAUGCAGAUCUGCGACCAGUGCGGCAAGCGCUUCCUGCUGGAGAGCGAGCUGCUACUUCACCGGCAGACAGACUGCGAGCGCAACAUCCAGUGUGUGACGUGUGGCAAAGCUUUUAAGAAGCUCUGGUCCCUCCACGAGCACAACAAGAUCGUGCAUGGCUAUGCAGAGAAGAAGUUCUCAUGUGAGAUCUGCGAGAAGAAGUUCUACACCAUGGCCCACGUGCGCAAGCACAUGGUUGCCCACACCAAGGACAUGCCCUUCACUUGCGAGACCUGUGGGAAGUCCUUCAAACGAAGCAUGUCUCUCAAAGUGCACUCGCUGCAGCACUCUGGGGAGAAGCCCUUCCGAUGUGAGAACUGCAAUGAGCGCUUCCAGUACAAGUACCAGCUGCGGUCCCACAUGAGCAUCCACAUCGGCCACAAGCAGUUCAUGUGCCAGUGGUGCGGCAAGGACUUCAACAUGAAGCAGUACUUCGAUGAGCACAUGAAGACCCACACAGGGGAGAAGCCGUACAUCUGUGAGAUCUGCGGCAAGAGCUUCACCAGCCGACCCAACAUGAAGCGGCAUCGGCGCACACACACGGGCGAGAAGCCGUAUCCCUGCGACGUCUGCGGCCAGCGCUUCCGCUUCUCCAACAUGCUCAAGGCCCACAAGGAGAAAUGCUUCCGCGUCAGUCACCCCCUGGCCAGCGACGGCCCCGCCUCGGGCCCAGGCCUGUCCCCGGCCCAGCCCCCGGCUCACGCGCUGCCCCUGCUCCCGGGGCUGCCCCAGACCCUGCCGCCCCCACCCCACCUGCCGCCCCCCCCACCACUCUUCUCUACCACUGCCACUUCCGGCGGGAGGAUGAGCGCCAACAACUGACUGCCUCUGCGGGGGACCCCCGGCCCCCACCCCGGCCCUCCCCUCCUGCCUGGGGGAGGGCAGCGACACCGGCCUGGCACCGCCGCCCCCCCCUCCAGACGGGGCCGGACCUGUGCUGCUUGAGGCCCCUGACCCUGGGGGUGUGCGGGCUGGUGGCCCCCGUGCGGGUGGAGGACACCUCACUCCCAAGUGCCCCCUUCUCAGUGACUCCUUGAAGCCUUUGCUUUUUUUUUUUUUUUUUUGGAAGUGAAGGAAAAAGAAAAGAGAGGAAAUUAUUUGCAGCACCCCCUCCAGGUGAGGGGGUUGCUGGAGGCGGCAGGUACAGCAGGGAGGGAGGGGCUGGGGAGCAGGUGUGACCGGUCACUCUGCUGGGGCCUGAGCCGGAGGGGGCUGGCCAGGCAAGCCUGGGUCAGCUUCAGUGGCCCAUCUCUGCCUCCCCUGUGCCUCCUAACUUGCCCCCUCAUCCUGGAGGCUUUGGGGAAAAGUUGGGGUGUCAGCCUCCCUGGAAGGAGUUGUGGAUCCGUCUGAGGGCUGUGGACACCGAGGCAGGGGCUUCACUGUGGAUGCCCAUGAGCGUGUUGUGGGGGGGAGUGGCGAAGUGUGAAGGCUGCAGACCCAGCUUUGCACUGUGUGCAGUGGGGGAGGCAGGGGCUGGACCCCAGGCAUUUGCCCUCUUAGCCACCACCCUGCCGGCAGGCACAGGGAUCCCUGAGCUGUACCAGGCUGCAUCGAGGUCCCUGAGUCCAGGAGAAGACAUCCCCAGAAGCCUCUGAGCCUCAGGGCUGGGGGCUAGGCCCUGGGUGGGCAGACGGGCUGGCUCCCGCAGCACCAGAUCCCAAGGGCUGCAAAGAGUCCCUGCAGCUGGGUGAACCCCAGGGGCAGGCCCUGAGAAGGAGGCAAUGUUUUAAGGUUUCAAGGUGCUAGCAGGGGAGCAGGGGGCAGGGCGGCUGUUCCCAGAGCACCCAGGUCCUCACCAGCUGCCCCGGUCGUCUCUCCCACACCAGCGGAGAUGUGUGUGUGUCUGUCUCCAUCCCUGCUCUGAAGGCAGAGGCCUCAUCCUCUUCCUGGGCCUGGCCACAACCCACCCCAGGCCAGCGUCCAGCAUCCCUGUCCUUCCUAGGCCUCUGCACCAUGGGUGGGGCGCCUGUAGCAUUGUUGGUGAGAGGAGCCCACAGGGUGGGGGGUGGGGGCUCUGGGGGAGCCCCCGCCUGUGCCCAAUGCUUGCCCCCAUGAGGCCGGCACUAGUAGGGACAUCCUUUUUUUGUUGUCAUUUAACGUCUUUAUUCCUGCCUUGAAAAUGGGGAGGAAGGUUCCAUAAGCUACGUGUUUCCUAGUUAAGCUCUUUCCUUUUGUGUUUAUAGUUUUGUUUGUUAUACUCUGCACCUUAAACCCCCACGACUACCCCCACACCAUCACCUUCCCAAGCAUGGUUGGAGUGGGAAGAGGCCUAAGCCCAAGGGGGACAGCGGCAGGGGAUGGGGUGGGGGGACUGGGCCCCAUCAGCCCAAGGGCUGAGGGGGUCGGAACCCCUCUGACCUCCUUGGGAGGCCCAUGGCGCUGGGUGCGGGCUGGGGACAUUUUAAUCAUCAAUAAACGAAGCACUUUAUUCUGUACAGAUGUGGGCAGGUCCAAGAAGCCCGAGUGAUUUGAGGAUUUAUAAUCCAAGCUACACAGCCCUGAUAAUUGUCUGGGCGCAGAGGGGGGCAGUGCCCUGGCCUAGUUGCAUUUGGGGCUGCAGCAGGAGUAAUGCGGAGUCAGAGCCUCCAGAACGGCCCUGCUGUCCUUUGGAGAGAGAAGGUGGGCCCCUCACUGAGAGAGGAAAGCUCCCUGUCUGGCUCCCAGUUCUGCAGCUCCCUUACCCCAAGGCUGGGGAUUCUAGACUCCUGCUUUACUAUACUCCCUCUCCUGUACCCCUUGAUCUCUGGGCUUCCAUGACGUCCUCAGGGUCCCCCCCCUCUGUUUCCUCCUCUUCCUUGCUAUUUCUAACCUCUGGUCCCAGUGCCUGGCAGCUCUUCAGAGCUGGCUCACAUUUUCCCCAAAAAAAGUUGAUCUCCCCCGAUGUGCUGUAGGUCGGGACACCCAUGGGUUCCCCAACCCCUGUCACUGGCACCAGGGUCUCCCAUGGGGACUGGUGGCCUUGUCAUCAGCUAGUCCCCCUGCAGCCUUAGUGAGUGAGCCUGGGGGACCCUGGCCAGUCCAGGUCCCUGUAAGGUAUGGGGGGGGGGGAGCUGGUGUCAAAACCCUGUCCCAGGACUUGGAUUCCAUGUUCUAAUACACCUCUCCUCGGAGGGCAGGGGUCCAGACGGCAGGCUGGGCUCUGGUCACGAUGGUCAUUGUAGCUGUGGGUGGGCACAGCCAAACCCUCUCCUGGGAGGCACCUGUCCCAGUGGGGACAGGAGCCCUGGUCCCUGGUGCUAAAUGCUCUCUUCCCCUUGGGCCAGUGUGGGUAAAAGCUCCUUUCCAGCCAGAUCACAAGGGUCUGAAGCAAUAAUGGAACCUCAGCAGUGCCAGUAUGGGUAGGGGUUCUUGUUUUACCAGCUUUUACAUUUCCUUUUUAUUUUUAAAACAAAUGAACAAGCACCUAGAUAUUGGAGUAAGGGGACUGGGGCAUUAUACCCACUUCCCAGGGCUGGUGGCAGGGAAGGGGGGUUGGGAUCACCACCUCCCACUGGAGAUGUGCUGGGUGGGGGGAACCCCUCAGUCCAGGUGGACUUUUCAGCCCAUUUGGCCAGAACUCGGGUCUGAAACCUGGGCCUGCCCCCUCCCCAGCUUCUCCUGGGCUCCCUGGUCUUGGGCCAGCUGGGGGUGAGCCGAGAGAUAAGCUGGGGCUAGAGCCUCAGCCUCCGACCUUGGCAUGUGCGGCCACAGCUCCCCUUACUGGGGGGGUCCACAGUAGCGGAAUGGCUGUGCCAGGUGUGUGGACCCUUGAUGUCUGGGCCCCAAGUGCAUGGGGGGAUAGCAGGAGGGUGAGGACGAGAGUGAAGGGGAAUAAAGUCAGUACAACUGUCCCUUG